UUAAAUAUGACUACGCAUUUAAACAAUCUGAUGUCGAUGAAUAUUUGAAAAAAAUUUUGAUCGAACAUAGAUGCCAAUUACCAUGGAUUCCUUAUAAUGAAUUUAAGAAUAUUGUAAAAGUAGGAAAAGGUGGAUUCGCGGUUGUACACUAUGCCCGCUGGAUUGAUAAGAGCAGUAAUAUAGAACAAUCUGUCGCUCUUAAAACACAUCAUACGUAUGAUACUAAUCAAUUUAUUGAAGAAAUGAAAAUAUAUAGUAAAAUCUCAGAGGCUAAUCCAUCAUUUUUGAAAUGUUUUGGAAUAUCAAAAGACUAUAAAGGGAAAUAUGUCCUUGUUUUAGAAUAUGCUGCUAUAGGAUCUUUGAGUAAAAAUCUUUAUAAUAUAUCACAGAUGGACUGGAAAAAAAAGUUAAAGGUGUUACAUUGCAUAAUUUUUGAUCUUGAAGCAAUUCAUUCACAAGGAUAUAUUCAUAAAGAUUUGCAUAACGGUAACAUAUUACAAAAUGAGUUGGAUAAUGCAUAUAUCGCAGAUCUAGGGCUCUCAUCACCUUUGAAAAAUGAAGACGAAGGUAUUGUUGGCGUCUUACCUUAUAUCGCCCCCGAAAUUUUGGACAAAGGUCAAUAUACUACAGCAUCAGAUAUUUAUUCGUUUGGAAUGAUAAUGUGGGAAAUUUUAUAUGGAAUGUCGGUAUCUUAUAAUCAAAAGUUUGCUAUGCCGCAACUUCCAAUUCAAAUAUGUUGUAAUGGUUUAAGACCUCCUAUUAAUGAAAAAGCACCACAAUGUUACGUGAAUCUAAUGAAAGAAUGUUGGGAUAAGGAUCCAGAGAAACGACCGCCGGCGAAAAAGCUUUGCGACAUUUUCAAUAGAUGGCAAGAUGAUGAAAAUAUUUUAUUAGAAUUGAGUAGAUCUGAGACAAGAAUUGAAAAUAUCGAAAAAUUGCAUUCGAGUAUGUUUAGCGGAGGAAGUAAAUUUAUAUCUAAGUCAAUUUUAGACGUGAAUAGCGAAUUGCAAUUUG